ACCGUCACCUCACUGCCAGGCUCCGACCGGACACUUUCGUCCAGAUCCACUUCCACUGAGGACAAUCGUCGUCAUUUCCAUCAGGAAUGGAAAAUCUCACGCCGGAACAAUGGCGGGAGAUCAUGAACAAGAAGAUGCAGUUCCCUCCCCAGCUCAUCAGCGCCAUCCAGGAGGGGAAGGUGGAACUUGUGUGUGGCCUCUUGAAGACCGGCGACGGCAUCAUCCGACAGCUGGAUGAGUCGGAGGACCGUCAGUGGAGGGAGGCCCUCAACCUGUCCAUACGCCUGGGCAUCGAGGACACCAUGGACGCCCUCCUGCAGGGGGUGAAGUUUGAUUUCCGUCAGAUCCACGAGGCCCUGCUGGUGGCGGUAGACACCAACCAGCCCAGAGUGGUGAAGCGUCUCCUAGACCGACUGGACCAGGAGAAAGGCAACAAGAUGGACGUGCGCUCCUUCUCUCAAGCCAUCUUCGACCGCUCCAUCGACGACUCCCAGUUCGCCCCCGGCGUGACCCCUCUGACCUUGGCUUGUCAGAAGGACCUGUACGACAUUGUGACCAUGUUGACCCAGAAAGGUCACGGCAUCCCGUGGCCCCACAAGAUCUCCUGCGCCUGCCUGGAGUGUCGUAACGGCCGUCAGUACGACCUGCUGAAGUUCUCUCUGUCUCGCAUCAACACCUACCGCGGCAUCGCCAGCAGGGCCUACCUGUCCAUCACCUCCGACGACGCCAUGCUCAGCGCCUUCGGUCUCAGCAGGGAGCUGCGAAAACUGUCGCAGAAAGAACCAGAGUUCAAGCCUCAGUACCUCGGCCUGGAGGAGCUGUGUCAGGAGUUUGCGGUGGAGCUGCUGGGAAUGUGUCGGAAUCAGUGCGAGGUGACGACGAUCCUCAACAGCUGCGGAGACGAGACCCAGGACGAGCUGGACCAGCAGGUCUUCGAGGAGGGGAUCCCCAACCUCUCCAGGCUGAGGCUGGCCGUCAACUACAACCAGAAGCAGUUCGUGGCCCAUCCCAUCUGUCAGCAGGUCCUGUCGUCCAUCUGGUGUGGGAACCUGGCGGGCUGGAGAGGCAGCAGGACGGCCUGGAAGCUCUUCGUCUCCGUGUUGAUCGUUCUGACCAUGCCCUUCCUCUGCCUCGUCUACUGGAUCGCACCAAAGUCCAAGAUUGGAAAGAUCCUGAAGAUCCCCGUCAUCAAGUUCCUGCUCCACUCCGCCUCCUACCUGUGGUUCCUCAUCACGCUCCUGGGGGAGUCCAUGGCCAUGGAGGCGUAUCGAGACAAAUUUGCGUCCCGGCAGCAGAACAUGCUGCACAACUCCUUCCACAUGGUCUGGGUCGUUGGUUUCUUCUGGUACGAGUGUAAGGAGGUCUGGAUCGAGGGUCUUCGCAGCUACUUCCUGGACUGGUGGAACUGCUUGGACAUGAUGGUCCUCAGCAUGUACCUGGCCUCCUUCGUCCUGCGUGUUCUCAUCGUCCUCAAAGGUCACUUCCUGUGCCAUGACCUGGACGGCGCAGACGAGUGUGUUUACUUCACCCAGACAGGUGAGGAGGGUGGAGUGAGGCGGGUGAGAGGGGUGACACAUGUUGUCCUCCAUCUUCAUCAUCAUCUUCAUCAUCAUCAUGUGUCCGUGUCACCUGGUCCUUCAGGGCGUGACCACUGGCACCAGGAGGACCCCCAGCUGAUAUCUGAGGUUCUGUUCGCAGUCACCAGUAUGUUGAGCUUCACCCGUCUGGCCUACAUCCUGCCGGCCCACGAGUCGCUGGGAACGCUGCAGAUAUCCAUUGGAAAGAUGAUUGACGACAUGAUGAGAUUCAUGUUCAUAUUGAUGAUCAUCGGAACGGCGUUCCUCUGUGGCAUCAACAACGUCUACGUCCCCUACGUCACGUCUCCACAUCUUGGCAGGUUCAACGAGACGUUCCACUUCCUGUUCUGGACCAUGUUUGGAGUGGCCAACCAGGACUACGUGGACAUGCCGCAGUUUGUGUUGGCGGAGUUUGUGGGCAGGAUCCUGUAUGGGAUCUUCACCCUGGUCAUCGUCAUCGUGCUGCUGAACAUGCUCAUCGCCAUGAUCACAAACUCCUUCCAGAAGAUCGAGGACGACGCCGACGUGGAGUGGAAGUUUGCUCGCUCCAAGCUCUACCUCAGCUACUUCAGAGAAGGCCUGACCAUGCCGGUGCCGUUCAACAUCAUCCCUUCGCCCAAGGCCUUCUUCUACAUCAUCAGGGGCAUCUUCAGGAAACUCUGCUGCUGCUGCAGCGCCGAACAGAAAUAUCCUCCGAUAACGUCUCUGUCCAAUGAAAAAGGCUCCGAGGACAGCCAGGUGCCGUAUCGGCAGCAGGUGAUCAGGGCGUUGGUGCAGCGGUACAUCGAGUCGGCGCGCAGGGAGUUCGAGGAGGCCAAGAGGAAAGACAUCGGUAACCGAAUCACUGAGCUGAACAAAGCCGUGGGCAGGAUACACAUGGAAAUGAAAUCGAUGCAGCAGCUCUUCACCAAGGAGGAGGAGCUGUCUGCAAACGACGCCCUGACUAAAGAUGGCGCCUCCCUGCUGGGCAAAUACAUCAUCGGCGCCAAGAACAAUUUCAGAGGUUUCAACAACAAAACAGACGAAAGAAGUUUGUCCCAAACACAACUUCACGUGACGGUGCACCAGGAAGGGGGGGAGGAGGGGGAGGCCAACCAGGAGAACCAGCCUGGAGGAGGUGGAGCGCAGGAGGUGAAGCGGGUGACGGACUGUGAUGUGGUGAAGAUGGAGGAAGGACGAGUCAAGUCAAAGCCAGGGGAGGUGCAGAGGAAGGAGGAGGAGGAGGAGAAACCAGAGGAGAACGCCAGUGAAGGAAAAGAUGAGGAGGACUCUGGAGCAGACGGCCGUCGGGUUGAAGACCAGGUGAAGGAGGAGGUGGAGGUGGAGUCAACGAAGACGACUGAGGUCAUCACCACCAAGAACGAGAAGGCCGACACUAAAAACAUGGUCAACAAGCUCAGAGACAUCGAGCUGCAGGAGAGGAAGGUCCAGGCCGAGUGGAGGAAGGACAGAAAGACAGAGAAGGGCGGGGCCAAAACACCGGGCGUCAGAGAGACCAAGGACAAAAACAUCCCCUCACCAACAGGGAGCAGCACCUCCCAGGACACAGGGUUUGAGUCGCAGGAUGGAGAAGGUUCCACCGACAGAACCUUAGUGAGUCCCUGACCUGGACCUGGGUUUUUGAGUUUGACCCUGUGUCCGAUGUUCAACAUAAGGGUUUGGUUUGGUCCGGUGGUUUAAUGUUGGCUCCAACGCGGUGGAGCAGCAGCUGCGGAGCAGAUGUUUUGGUUGUAUUUGGACUAGAAUAGUCUAGAACAGUGGUCCUCAAACUUUGUCACACGUUGUACCAGAAUAGUUCAGAACCUGCUUGGAGAAGAGGAGCUAAUUUAUAACCUGAUCCAAUGGCGUUGGGGUUCCUCAGGGCUCUGUCCUGGGACCCGUUUGUUCAGCCUUUAUAAGCAAAAAAAAAAGCUUUGAUUUUGUCAAAAUUUUAAAAAUGUCUUUGUUUAUAUUUCUUUUCUCAAAUUUCCUUUUUAUGUCUAAAAUACAUAAGAAAAGCUGAAUUAUUCUAUAAUAAUUCGUUUGAGAACCGUCCCACACCUCGGGUGAGGUCCAUGUUCUAACGUCACCCGUUUGUCACUGACCAGAUCUGUGGUUCCAGCGCAGACUCUCAGUUCUGCUGUAGGAGAAUGCAGCUCCGCAGCUUGGUGAGAAAUUCCUCCCUUUUCAGCUGCAGAACAGCCGACGCCACAGUGGGGCAGCGCAGGUCUCAGCUUGCCUCACACACACACACACACACACACACACACUGCUCCCAGUGAGGUUUCAUGCAUGGACUCAGCGCUUCAUUAAAUAAUUGCCCGCAGCAUCACAGGCCCCAGGGCGGGCUGCGUCCCCGCCCCACGGCUUUGACACUGUAGACUGUUUGUUGCUGAACUGCCUCAGUGAUGACAUCAUCCCUUUUUCCAUUUCUCCGUGUUACCAACCCAUCACUCAGCUGUUAAUGUUGUUAGAUUUAAUUCCAGGUUUGUACUGACGUCAUGUUUAAAUAUAUUGUUGUUGUUUAAACGUCCAUGGAGACGAAACAUCCACUCAUAAAAACACUACUGGAAAAAUAAUACGUGGCUGUGAUUGACAUUCACUCAUUGCAAAUGUGUUAAUAAUGUUGAACAAAAGUAGUAAAAGAAAGGUAAAAAAAAAAUGAACACAAAAAGGUUAAUAACCUUUCAAUGUUAUUUUUUAGCAAAACGGAUUUGUUUAGAAAUACAGUGAAAUAAACAGGUUGAGCUAAAAUUACAAAAAUGUAUCUGAUAAUACAGUAACUAAAGGUUAGCAAAGUUAGCUAAAUGUUUGAGUCCAUGACCAAAAGUUAAAGAUAUUUGUAUAAAAACUUUAUUUCUCUUCACACUUUAAAUACAGACUGAUGUGAUGUUUAUAUAAAAAAAACCCAAAAACAUUUAUUACAUCAGAAAAAAUUCCUCCGUUCAUUUAAAUCACAUUGAUGAUUCUAUAAAUACAACAAAUUUAAUCC